UAGAAUGAUAAAAGUAUUUUCUAACAUUAUUAAAUGGUAUUUCUUAUUUCUUUUUAAAUAUUUAAAUAAACAUCUUUUUUCUAGUGGAAUUUUAUAUUAUUGUAUUCUAAUCUAUGUUACCUCGUAAAACAAACCAUUAUUAAAAAUAGUACGGUAUGGAAAAUACUGAGAUAUACAACUUAAUGACUUUAAAAUAAAAUAUAACAUAUCUAACGUUUCAAACUCGGAAUAGUAGAUCGAUCAUUCAUCAAAGCGAUCAAUACGAUUUCUAUACAAAUUUCGCAUCUUUCACAAAAACCAAUUCACAUUUAUUAAUCUUUGUCUUUUUACCUUUCGAACGUUGUUGCAUAAUGACAAUAAUAACAUAUUGUUUUCCAAUACUUAAAUAAAAAAUAAAUUUUUAUUAUCAAUUUCAUUUGUUAUAAAACUGUAUGGUGAAACUGUAAUCAUACUUUCCCUUAUAAGGUAAGAAUUCAAUCCCAGAAAUUUUGAUUUAAAUUAAACUUUAUGUGAAUAUAGAAUAAAAUUACAAAGAACGAUUUUGAAGGAGUGGAAUUAGUUUUUAUAGUUUUUACAUUUUUUCGACAUAACUUUUUAACGAAAUAAAGUAAAAAUGGCUGAGUGUUUUAUGUUGUAUUGUAUUACUGAAAAAUUUCUAUAAACUUAUUGUUAUUUGAAAUUCCAUAACGUCCGAGCUAGAAAAAAUCUCUUGUUCAGACUACAGAACGUUAUAUUUAGUCACAUUUAAAACGCAACGGCCUACACCCCAUUCGUCUGCUUUCGUCUUUGUAAUCCAUAAGAUUUUAAACCAUAACCACGCUAAGACGUUAAAUUCUUUAUGCAUCAUUAGAUGCUGAAAUUGUAACAAUCUAAAAUAUCCAGAAGCGCAAACUAAUUGUAGUACAUAGUUCACUACAGCAAAGCAAUAGUUUUAAAUGUAUUCAAUGGAUAGCCAUUUGCCAUGCAUUCUCACUGGAUUAAUCUUCUACAGUUUUGGGUUAAAAUGGUGCUAUGAUUAUGCUAAGUAUUGGGUGUCUCUGAGACCUAGAGAUGAUUUAAAUAUGACAAAAGGAUUGGUGUUCAUAGAGAAAUGUGAGAAGCUGUUAAAUAGACAUCCGAUAGAGGGAAGUUUGAAAUUGAUCGCAACUGCCAUAGGUCUAGCCAGUACAAUAACUGGUGGUUUGGAACAAGUUGGUACGGUCUCUCCAAAGGUUGUACUAGCUACGAUCUACCUUUUUUUUGCAUUCUCUGGUCUUGUAGAUAUUUUGAAUUUUUAUUUCCCUCACAAUGUAAGCGAUGGAUUAGUUAAACUGGCACUUUGUCAAAGCUUUUUCAUGGAAGGAUUCCUUUUCUUAUGGGAAAGCAUAGGGAACAAUGCCGUAAUCAAUUUAAUUUUAGCUUUUAUAGUGUGGGCAACAUCUCUAGCCAUUAUUUUAGAGCUUGUUUGGCCUGAAUUAAAGCUUUUCAGAGCCUGUACCACAUUACUUCAUGGCAGUUGGAUAGCACACAUGGUACGUUUGAACCACACAGCAUCAUUUUUACCAGGAAGCAUUGCUCUGGUAUUUUCUUGGCAUGUUGCUGCUGCAUCAGCUGUAACAUUGUCUGUAGUAGCAGCGACAAGAAGCUGUGCACCUGAAUUUACAUAAUUAUACAUUGUGUAUAAAUUAUUUUAUUAAACAUUUUUGUAAUUUAUAAUGUGUAAUUCAUUUAAAAAUUGAUUAUACAGAUAAGCAUAAAUUUCGUGAAAUCCCAAAAUUAAUAAUCUUUAAAAACACAGUAAUAAAAUAAUUAUUAUAAAUGUUAUGUUAUUUUCACUUUUUAAUUUUUAUUUCCACGUAUAUUAUAAUAUUACUAGAUAGUAGUUCUGAAAUUCCUUGUAAUACCAACGACCACAGUCAUGGACAGGACCCUAGCUACUCAAUCACGUAUUUCAAAUUACAAUCUCCAUUCCAUUGAUCUGGUCACGUUAACUUUAUU